CGAAGUAGCGGUGAGCCGAGAAAUUUCCUGGUGUGGCUCACGGUAUCGGGUAGGCGGUGAACCUUUUCUUAAAAAGCCCUAGCCGUUACUACCUUCAAGAAAACUCAGUAGCAGUUAUGGAGACAACUACAGACCCUGAUUCUUCUUUCUCCUCCAUUUUCUCUCACAACAAUUCCAGACUCCCUGACGACACCGUUUUCUACGCCAUCUUCCCCGACUUCGCUAUUCCUUCUUCCUCCUCUCAAACCCCAACCCCUCAGCUCUACUCACAACUCCAAUCCCUCCACCUUCAGAUUCUCCACUUUAUCUCUCCUCUCACCACUCACUACAUAUGGCAACACCAACCCUUCAAUCUUUCUCUCUCUUCCACCACCACCGCCACCCCCCACCACCACAUUCCUCAUCUCCACGGCCACCUCCGCUUUGGUGACAAUCUUGAAGACGAGUGGUUCGUCGUCUUCCUGCUUUUCCAAAUCUCCAAUCGCUUUCGUGACCUUUCGAUUCGCGUAUGGGACACCGACGGCGAGUUCAUCCUCAUCGAGACCGCCUUUCACAUCCCCCGCUGGCUCAACCCCGACACCAGCACCAAUCGCGUCUUCAUUCGCCUCGGCGAGCUUCACAUCGUCGGGAGAGGUCGGUUCCCUUCCACGCCGACUUUGUUGGACUCACUGUCGUAUUUGGCAAACUCUGGAGAUGAAUCCAGAGCGUCUGAGUUGGUUCAGUCGGCGAUCAAGAACCGGAUUGGGGAUUAUCCGGAGAGAGCGAUGAGGAAUAUGCAUAGGGUUAGGGUUAGGGUUCCCAUGUCCGUAGCGCAGGUGUUGAAGCACGAGCCUGCCUUGGUUUCGCUGGCCGUGGAGGCGUUCUACGACCGCGACAUUGAUUCGAUGAAGUAUGCGGCGAAGAUGGAGAGGUUUUUGAGCAAUGGGAGUGGGGAAGAGAUUGUUCAAGUCUCUAUUAGGAUGUCCAAGGCCAUGUAUGCGCAAUUGGUGCAGCAGACAUUUCAGGCGCCCAAGUGUUAUCCGAUGCCGCCAAGGAGCGAUACCACCGUGUAUAUGGAGGCUGAGUUGGGGAUGAAGAUUGCGUGUGGGUUUGAGAUGAUGUAUCAGCUGCGGAGGCAAGAGGGGUUGGAAGGGAAGGGGAGUACAUGGAAGUCGUUUAGGGAGAGCUUGGAGAAUAGUGGCUAUUUUGAGGGGCUUCUUCCGGGGUCAAAAGAGCAUCGACGGUUGAUGGAGAAUGCAGAAGAGUACUACAAGAACAGUUCUUUGUUUUCUCGAGCCAGUGAAAUGAUGAGCGCCCCAGUGAGACGCAUAGAUGAGAUUCUUGCUCUCCCCUAUUCAGCAGAUGAUUUUAGGGGUCAGGAGCUUCCUCCUUCAGAUGAUGAUUCAUGGCUCUACAACGGGGAAGAUGAAUUAAAUGCUGCUCUUCAGGAGAGACAGAAGGAGAUGGAACUUUAUAAUUUGAAACAUGAAAAGAAAGAGAAGUCAAAAGAGCAGCAGGAUGCUGGUGCCUCGUCUUGCACAAAUUUGGAUGAUUCUGGUCUUGGGGACAUAGCAAAAUCCAUGCAGGCAUUUGUCCAUAAGAUGUCAAGUUAUGAGGGAGCAGAGGUGCCUGAAAACAGGGACUUAAAAGAUGUGGACUUUGAUGUGGACCGUUUUAUUAAAGACAUGGAAUCGGUUAUGAGGCGUCCAGUUUCUGAAGACACAGGUAGGGAUGUUGAGUUGGAAGAAGGAUCCUCAUCAGACAUGGAUUUUGAUGAGUCUGAAGAUGGAAGUGACAUUGCGGAGCCUUCUGGAAGUACUUUCAUGCAUUCUUAUUCUGAUGCUCUAAACGACGAACUGAAAGACACCAGUCUCAACAAAAGUUUUGUCCGUGCAAAGGAACAACAGCCUUUGAAGGAAGAUGAGGGAACAUCAAAUGCCUUGCAGGACAUGGAUGAGGACUUCAGCCCUGUGGAUGUGGAUGUGAACCUUGUGAAAAGUCUUCUUGAUUCUUUUUCUUCUCAACAAGGACUUCCUGGUCCUGCUACCAAUUUACUAGGGCUAAUGGGUCUACCGAUCCCCCAAGAUCCGAAAAAGGAGAAAUGAAAUAUCCUUUUUUUAGUUUGCUUUCACUUAUACUAGUAUAAUGUUGUUAAGCCUUCUAACCCUCCCUACAAAUUUUGGUGGCUGAGUUUGUAACAGGGAUUGUAAAAUGCAUAUUUUAAGUUGAUACAAUGUAAUAUACCUACACCAUGAAUUCAACUAGCUUUUACUUGAAAAAUAUAAUACGAAAUAAGCCUUUUUCUCUUCA